CCAGCCCGCUCCCCCCCCCCCUCCCUCCCCGCCCAGCGCCAUGGCCGACGAGCUCGACUUCACCACGGGCGAUGCCGGCGCCUCCUUCACGUACCCCAUGCAGUGCUCGGCGCUGCGGAAGAACGGCUUCGUGGUGCUCAAGGGCCGCCCCUGCAAGAUCGUGGAGAUGUCCACCUCCAAGACGGGCAAGCACGGCCACGCCAAGGUUCACUUGGUUGGUAUUGAUAUCUUCACUGGUAAAAAAUAUGAAGAUAUUUGUCCAUCAACUCAUAACAUGGAUGUUCCCAAUAUCAAGAGGAAUGAUUACCAGCUGAUAGGUAUUCAGGAUGGGUAUCUCUCCCUGCUGACAGAAAGCGGUGAAGUUCGUGAGGAUCUAAAGCUGCCAGAAGGGGAUCUUGGCAAAGAAAUAGAAGGAAAAUUCAAUGCCAAUGAAGAUGUGCAGAUAUCCGUCAUAAGUGCAAUGAAUGAAGAAUGUGCUGUAGCCAUAAAGCCUUGCAAAUAAAGAGGAUCGCCAGGCUCGGGCAACUGCUCAGGUCUGGACAAACCACAGAUCUAUAAAUUUGGUUCUUAUUGUCACCAAAGCUCUGGCCUUCACAAGCAACCUCAUUUCUUUUCUGAAUUGUUAAAAAGCAGUGCUGGAUUCUGGAUUAGUGUUGCAGGCUAACUGGCAGUUUUCAAAAUCACUGAGAUUUUAAUUCCUUAAUUGUAACUAUUUUAACAUUCCUGUGGGUUUCAGCUAUGGAUCUGAGAAACCAAUCAGGUGUUACUAGUGGAUAUAUUUUUAUUUGCUUGAGCAAAACAGUGUUUGUCUGUAUGAACAGACAAAAUACAGUAUUCAGGGGCUUUUAGAUAAGCUGGUAGGUAUCUAGGAUUAUAAAGUGACCUAGAGCACAAAUAGUAUUUUUCUUGACAUGUUUAGGUAGAACUGACAAUAAAAGUAGCUUUUUUUUUUUUUUUUUUUUUUAAAGCUUAAGUAUUUUGUGGAUUGGGACUCUUGCAGAACUGUAGGUGCCAAUCGCAACUUUUAGACCAAGAAACUCAAGUGAUCAAAAAUGCCAGCUGGCUUGACCAAGCCCCAGUGGCCAUGUGCAACUUAACUGUAUUACCUCUGUAUUCUUCUUUGCCAACUUGUUGGCUUAUUGUAACGAUAAAAUGGUGUCAAAGCCUACCUGUGGUUUAGGCAGGCAGUUGGAAUAUUGGGUAGAUAAGACAUAGACAGGUCAAGGGGACACAAAGGUGAGAAUGGAUGUUAAAGCUAUAGACUUUCACUCGAGGCCUUUGUCAGACUUGAAAAAUAAAAUAGAAAAAUGCAGUUCAAUUGCUUUCCUUUAUUAUAUUUAUCUUAAACUAUAAGAGGGUGACAAACUCCAUGGGAAUCUGUUGCAGUGCUUCCAGCUUUAGGUUUUAAUCUUCAGGUUCAGACCAUAUUUUUGUAGCACAGGGACCACAUGUUUUUCAAGAAGUGGGACAAACUGUAGCAUUGAGCCUAAACUAAAUGCAUGUGAUUCUUUUUAAAAAAAUAAAACUAUUGUGUUUUCAAAAUAUAGACUUGACAGACAAUACUGAACAACCAUGGCUUAACUAUAAAAGUAAAUAAAUAGCUACAUAGUUAUGAAAGCUAGCUCCUAUCCAAGGGAGUUCUGAGUCAUUGAAACACGCAUGCAUGCCUAUAACUAUUUAGUAGCUUAACAGGCAAACACAAGGCUUCACAGCAAUAGUUAUAGAAGGAUAACUAGGCUGCUCCUGUUUAAGGCGUUCAACUUGAAUUCUAAGACUUGGUGACUCUUCAUGAGUGGGAAACUUCCUUAGUGCGUGGCUCGGACCUCUCUUCACAGUUGAUAAAUAAUUGUUUCAUGAACUUGCCUUAAGCUUCAGUGGCUGCAGGCUAACGGAGGACAACUUGUAAACAUGUGGCAUGCUGCCCUGGACAGCACGCACAAUUCACACUCUUAUCAGCAGCGAGGGUCAGACUUCACGCUGCUUAAAAUGUUUGUAGCUUAAUAGUAUGUACUCUCUAAUCCCCAAAGGGCUCGUGGCAACUGUCCUGAACUGCCCUUGUACAUACUGUGGCAGGGCUUAGCAAAUCUUGGAGGUCUAAUCUAGAUGGCAAAAAACAUGCAUUUUUCCGUAGACUUCUCAUGACAGGGAGAGCACUACAGUGGAGGUAAAGACAGCAAUAAAUAUACUCUGGUAAUAAAGCACAGUUACCUGGGACACCUGGCAGAAGCAGGAUACUGCCACACGCUCUUGCCUAGCACAAUAGACAUUGCAGGUCAACUCUAUAAGUAGCACCUUGACUGAAAUGGCAAAACUGCUUUUAAAAAAAGCUGUAGAUGCAAGAGAUUGAAAUGCAUUCAGAAUAGUUUUGAAGAGCAUGCUUAGUAGUUCAAGCUAGUCUGCACUAUGCUCCUUUCUGCCUCUCUAUUGAACUGGUACCUGAACGAGAGGCUUUGCUGGCUUUGGAGGUGACUGUGAAACCAUUGAUGGUGGUCUUGACUGCAAGCUGAGCUGUGUGAUGUCAAAUGGGAAGUCAUAGGUCGCUAUGUCAAACUAGUGCAAGUUCUAAUGCUAUCACUGCAUUACGAAUACUUCUAAUACGCUUGAAAACUACAAGACUUGGAUUUGUUCUUGUCCUCGUAGUGCUUUAGUCUACUUUCAGGUGCCUGUCUGUCCUCUAGAACCUUGUUGGAAGACAGGUAUUUGAUGCCACUGGCCCACAAUCUAAGCAUUUACUUAGACUGUAAGCUGUCUGGGACGAGGGCUGGUUUUUGUCCUGUUCCUACAAGUGGGGUCCUGGUCUGACUGGAGUUUUCAGGUACUACAGCAAUCUAAAGAUAGAGGUUUUACGACCUCCAGCUUGCUGGAAGAGCCCUCCUUGGGACGUAUUGAUGUCCUUCUAUUGCAACCUUCAGUUCUGCAAGAUCUAAAUGAUUAAGUAAGUACUUCAUUAUAGGUUUGUUCUUAGAUACUUAGUUGUCUUUUGUGAAGCACUUCGAACAUUAUGGAAGUGCAGAGCAUUGGCUCGUCAUGCAUGAAGUUUCCCAUAGGUAAUACAUAAGCAUGAGUCUUAAGCAUAAUCUCCAAGUUUCAGUAAGAUUAAAGAAGUUGCUUCUAAAUUAGAACAUGUAUUUGAGGCAUUUUUUCCAAAGUAAGAUGUUUCAGUUUACUGUCAGAAUCGUUUGCAACAAACUUUGUUUGUGAUCAGUAGUCCAUAUAGAUGCGUAUUUUUAAGAUCCCUAACCAAAUGCUUAGGGAAAUUCUCCUUUCAUAGCUUUACUUUAAAACAAAUCUUAACCAAUGUACUUGUUCUGUAGUACUGUCUUAAUACUUACAUUGUGUCAAAACCGAAAACGAUAAACUUCUAAUAGCUGAUGCAACUGCUUAGAGUAAAGGCUGUGAAAACUAGGAGGUGACGAAAAGUAUUUCCACUCCAAAUAAUGCAUUUUUUUUAUGGCUCCAAUUCAUUGAGUUUCUCUUACUACUUUACAGCAUUGGAAAGACUGCAGUGUUUCCUGCCUCAAAUGUUGGCAAGUAAUACUUUAAGAUUUCAAUAGAACCUUCUAAUUUUUUGCUUAUAAUGGUGGUUUUUCAACUAGGCUCUUGCUAGUUGAGCCAUGUUCUCAGGGCUGUUUUUUUUAAGAAGUUAGCUGAGUUUCAUUGUUUCAACGUAACUGCUUUCAAGCCUCUCGCAGGUUUUUCUAAUCCACAAUGUACCCAGAAACGGUGCACAGUCUGUAGUUUCACAAUACAGGUAAUUUUACAUAAUCUGUAAAGAAGUCAAAUUUGUUGAUAGUUCGAACUCUUAUGGUUACUGCAGGUCAGUCUCACAGAAUUCAAAAUUCAAUAAAUCCCACUUUUUUCGGUUGAGUAAUUUAGAAUGUAGUUUGUUACAGUAGAACUAAACUUCAGGAAAAAAAAAAAAAAGACCUUGUUAAGGAUAUUUCGAGUAUCUCGCUUAUACACCGAGAACGUUAACGAAGGCGUAGAUCCUGGAGCGUUCGGCAGUUCAGCACGGUAUGCCGAGAGCAGCGGAAGUCUGGCCCUACGGUAUUUGGCAUCUGAGAGUAACUUGGUUUGCGAACUUAAAGCGAAAUGUUUGCUAUGUAUUGCUGUGUGGCAGAAAACCCCUGUCGUCCUGUGCUGUAUGUAUAUCGUUAACCGUUGCUCGGUGCGGCUUUCGAAAUGCGGGAGAAAGAGGAGUGCUGGCAACGACUCGUUGUACUGAUCGUAGCAAAAACCAAACCCUGUAAAUCGCGUGAACCGGGAAGGGCAGUCCUCGCGGUUCGAGCGUGUAUCUGUUUUGGAAGCUGUAUUGUUUUCGACGCCACGCGAACGAUCGGGGGAAGGACGUCGAUGCGUGUUUUGCUCCAGAAAUACUAAGGAUGUCGGUGCUGCGGGGAGCUGGGUGCUGGCUGAGACGACAGGGACCGUGGGAGAGCCCGUAGCGCUUCGGUGGCGGCGUGGAAGGGGAUCUGCGAGCUCCGGCUCUGAGUCUCGAGUGGCAGUGGGCACCGUCCGCUCCCCCGCUCUCCGCCAGCACCCUCGCCUUCCCGCAGGAGAAACGCUUCACCGCUACAGCGGCGCGGCCUGCGGCUUGUACGAGAGCAAGAGAAGCGCUUGCGUUCCUGUCCAACAGAAAUUAAAAAAAAAAAAAAAAAGCGGAAAAUAAAAUGAAAUAAAAAGGUGGCUCCUUCAUGCUAAA